CUGGGGGGGGGGGGGGGAGGGGAGGAAAGGAGAGAGUAUUUGCAGUGAAACUCGCUAAUGUAGCCUAAGUUUCUUCCACUUUUGCUGCUUUGUUGGAGGCUUGCGACCGCGGCAUGCGACUUUGAUGAGGGUCGAGGCAUGCAUUGCAUUGGGUGGCAUUGAAAUCUGUGCGACCAGGGGGGUGGAUGGGGUGGGAAGACGGUGAAGAUCAUCGCAGAUAAUAGGGGCUUGGGUCGAUUGAUUGAUGAUCGGACUAGUAGGAGGGGGAGAGUGGAGACAGAAGUGGGUCGGAGGAGGAGGAGGAUGGUGAGGAUGAGUUGUCGCGAAUCGUCGGUAUCAUUCCCGUGAGGUUGCUUUGUUGUUUUUGUUGUUGUUGUUGUGGCAGCGACCCCUCCCCACACUUCGACAUUUUGAAGAGUAUUUCGUUGCGCUUGAGCGCAGGUUUGUGGUGUUACGGGAAAUGGAAUGAUGAAGCGACCUUACACGAGAUCGGAUGUAGAUCUGGGACGUGAAUGUAGGGCAUGAGCUGAAAACGAAGCGGAUCUUUGGGCAGAGCAGAGAUCGUUCUUCCAGAGUGGCAUAGUUAUUUAAUUAUUUAUUCGUUUUUCUUUCCCUAGGAAAUGGACUUGUAGAUCAUUGCGGAAACUCUUGGCGAUCGUACGACACGCCGUCCUGCAUGUGAAAUAGCGGCAGUAGAAUCGAUGGAGGUGAUCUCAGGAUCAGGCUUGGGCACACGCAGCAGCUAUUGCGGCGGAGUGGAUUUAGGGAAAGGCGGGGGUGCUGCAGUCAAUACCUCUUCUUGUUGCAGGUGCGGGAUUGAUGCUCGUUCCUCUACAUUGAAAGGCCUCGGGCUUGUGUUUAACUCUAGCGAAUCGAGCUUUGGGAUCCAAUUUCCGCCCAAGGCCUUCGAAGGGCAGUAUGGAAUGAGGCGUGUCAAUGCCGCUGCAGCGACAGGGAAUGGCGCCUUCACGGGCGGUAACAGAGCGGAGGACGUGAACGAGGCAAUGUCAAGGGUAGUGCCGCCCAUUCUGUUGGAAAAGGACAGUGCAGCGUUUAGAGCAAUCCUGGCUGCCAUAGCCGGUGUGGCUCUGGCGGCAGAGAAUCAACGGCGUCAUGACAAAACUGAAGUUCCCGUGGAUGUUUUUCGACAAGGAAGGCUUGUGGAGAGCAGACUAGUGUACGGGCAAACAUUCGUGAUUCGCUCGUACGAGAUUGGAGCUGAUAGAACCGCAUCCAUUGAGACGAUGAUGAACCAUUUUCAGGAGACCGCGUUGAAUCACGUUUGGAUGUCUGGGCUUGCGGGAGAUGGCUUCGGAGCUACACGGGCAAUGUCGUGCAAUAAUCUAAUAUGGGUCGUCACCCGAAUGCAAGUCCAUGUCGAGCAAUAUCCUGCCUGGGGAAAUAUUGUUGAGAUGGACACAUGGGUGGCAGCUUCUGGGAAGAAUGGAAUGCGUCGGGAUUGGCUUGUGCGAGACUACAAAUCAGGACAGAUUUUAGCGCGAGCUACCAGUAUAUGGGUGAUGAUGAACAGAAAGACAAGAAAGCUUUCUAAGAUGCCUGAGGAGGUCAGAGCAGAGAUCUCUCCAUAUUUUCUGGAGAGAUUUGCCAUCAAAGACGAGGAUGAGAUGACGCAGAAGAUUUGUAGACUCAAUGGCAGCGCCGAAUAUGUCCGCUCGGGAUUAACGCCAAGACGCAGUGACUUGGACAUGAACCAGCAUGUGAACAACGUGAAGUACAUUGGGUGGAUGUUGGAGACUGUCCCACCCGCCGUUUUGGAUGGGUAUGAAUUGGUUAGUAUGAACCUGGAGUACAGGCGAGAGUGUGGGCAGUCUGAUGUGGUUCAAUCCAUGACCAGUCUCGAGCCUUCCACUUCGGAUUCACAGAGCGACGGCUCCUCUUUGGAACUGAAAAGAAUAACAAAUGGGACGCAUGACGGGGGUUGUAACGGUGCGUCUAAUGGGGCGUGUAGUGGACGUCCAAACGCAUCGUUGAACGGGGCGUCAAAUGGAGCAUUAAAUCCGUUCUCACACGCAGCAGCACCGUCGGCAAGGAUGCCGGAGAUUAAAGCCGCAGAUGGGGGUAACUUGCAAUUUGUACACUUGUUGCGUAUGGAGAGUGAUGGAGCUGAAAUCGUGCGAGGGAGAACCCGGUGGAGACCCAAAAAGCUAAACCACUCUCAACUUUCAUAGCUCUCCAAUCUCUUCUCUUCGAUUCCAUCAACUGCAAAGGCUGUUGAUUGACAGCAGAAGGUGCUAUUCAGGAAGAAGUUACUCUAAUUCCUCUCUUCUCUCAGAUUGGAUUUAUUGUCCCUUUUCUUAGGUUGGGACUACUGUGGUCAUUUCUUUCAAACUUCCAGAUGAUGACGAAAAAUUUAAGCCUGAUUCGUUGCAAUAAGGUGUCAAAGGUUAUCGUACCUUGUACAGAACAAAAGUCGUAGUUAAUGCUUUUGCUUGCUUUCAUCUUCAUGAAAGCAAGUUUGGCAGAUUAUUCUUUUCCAUGACAGCUUGUACAGUUUUCAUGAUUUGUAAUCCAGGAUAAACUUGUGUCUUGACCUUCUGUUCUUUCAA